AUGAGUACCAAGUUAGACAGUGUCCUGCUGGCACAGAAGAAGUUCAUCUACCACUACAAAAACCUGCGGUGGGCUCGCGGUCGGUGUGAGACUUACCUGUGCUUUGUGGUGAAAAGAAGGAUUGGACCCAACUCUCUCUCUUUUGAUUUCGGGCACCUGCGCAAUCGCUCUGGCUGUCACGUGGAGGUUCUAUUUCUACGACACCUUGGUGCGCUGUGUCCAAGCCUAUGGGAUUCUGGUCCAGGUGGAGUGAGGGUUUGCUACUCCGUCACCUGGUUCUGUUCCUGGUCCCCAUGUUCUGACUGUGCCCACCGCGUAUCCACAUUAUUGUCACAAAUGCCUAACUUGCGGCUGCGGAUCUUCAUUGCACGCCUCUACUUCUGUGACCGAGAGGACAGCAAGGAAAGGGAGGGGCUCAGGAUGCUGAAAAGGGCAGGGGUGAAGAUGUCCAUCAUGACUUACAAAGACUAUUUAUACUGUUGGCAGACAUUUGUUGCUUGCAGAACAACAGGCUUUAAGGCUUGGGCUGAGCUCCACCAAAACUCUGUGAGACUGUCCAGGAAACUCAACCGCAUUCUCCUGCCUACUGAGACUGAAGACCUGAGAGACGUAUUUACACUGCUUGGACUGUGACAGUCAUCUUUUGCUGCACUGAAUAUAUGCAUUCUGCAUUCUGAAAGUUGUUACUACUGGUGCUAAGUUGAGUAUUUGGAAUCCUGAGACUUGAAUUUUAUCAUGUGUACAUAUCUGUAGCAUUAAAGGCAUUU